AUGGCGUUUGCAGGCUGCAUCAAGCUGAAGGAUGUCGUGUUCAAUCAUGGACUAGAACAAAUCAAGGUCGAAGCGUUCUCUCGGUGUUCAAGUCUUGAAGAAGUGAACCUGCCAGCGACUGUGGGAGUUGUGGGAAAGAAAGCUUUUGCAAAAUGUGAUCAGCUAGUGACAGUAUCACUGUCCGAAGGGCUUGUUCGAAUUGAUGAUGGUGCUUUUGCGAACAGUAACAAGUUGGAUGUUAUCAAGAUACCGAUUUCUGUUGAAUCUGUGGGCAAGAACAUCGUACCUAAAAGUACCAAACAAGAAAUGGCACAGAAGACGACUACUCCUGAAAAUGCAGAGAUAUUGGAAAAGGAGAUAGAGGCUGCUACCGAGAUAGUUGAUGCCGCGUCAGCAAUCACAGAAACGACAAACAAUACAUCUCAAAAGCAAGUGAAAGGAAAAUCUAAGACAUGGGCAUCCAUGUCUUCUUUCGUAUCUUCUGCACUGUCCCCAUCGUGGAACACAAAACGUCAGCCACAGGACGAAAAGAAAACAAAUGCUGAAUCACCAAUUAGCAAAUCGAACGCAACAGUGCAAUCAUCAAUGGAUAAUGACGAAAGCGAUACCGUGUUUGUCUACUUGGGUGGCAAUCAAAAGGUCCCCAAGGAUGUCAUUCGAGUCAGAAUCGAUCCGACCGUCAAGAAAAUAGAACCAAGCGCCUUCGCUCGGUGUAAGGGCCUGACAGAUGUCGAGUUCUCGGAAAACCUUGUCGAGAUUGGAUUUUCGGCUUUCUAUUACUGUUCCUCUGUGACGCUCGUUCGGCUUCCAUCGAGAACUGAGGUCAUAGGAAACAUGGCAUUUCUUGGCUGUUCGAAUCUUGUAGAAGUGUCUGUCCCUUCGACAGUUGCAUAUGUUGGAAAAAGUGCCUUUG